AUGCUUCUAUGGACAUCUACAUUGCCUGUACCUUCAGCUAUUGGUUCGGCCUUUGCGGCCAUAGUCUUCCUUGGAAUUGGAAAAAGUGGUCAAAAGCUUUCAGAAAAUUUCCUCGAGUAUCAGUUUGAAGAAAAAAUUAAACCAAAGAAACAAGGGGGAAAAGAUGGAAGCACACAAGACAGAAAUGAGAGAAGCCUCGGACACACAAUUUUUGUUAAUAUCUGGUUGUUCUUUCCACUGGUUGUUGGAUAUAUCAUAACAGUUUGCCUUGAUUUCGUCUUCUAUGAUGCAACACUCGAGGAACUAUUCAGAUUUUCUGCACUUCUCAUGGGAGCGACUCAUCUGUUGUUCCUCAUCGGUUCUUUGGGUUAUAGCCGCCAAGAAUUACCCGUGGAAAGCGAUCUAAGCAAGAUCCAUAGAAUCUUCAUCACAGCUUUACGGAAACUGAGUUUAAAAUAUCCAACCUCAUCGAAUUCUUAUUACUGGAAGGGCUACAAGCAGCAACACACGUAUAAUCAUGGUGAAGGAGUAAGGUUAUUGCCACGAGUUCCACGGCUAUUCAGGUGGUUGGACAAAGCGGCCAUAGUUAAAUCAGAAGAAGAAGAAGAUUCAAGACAUCAUAGAGAGAGUAUUGAUACGCAAGAAAAGAAAAAGAAGAUUUGCACUGUGAAGGACGUGAGAGAUGUCAAAAGCCUUGUUCAUAUAAUUUACCUUGGCCUUACCAUCUUUCCUUAUAGUUUACUCAUUGCCUCUGGGGACACUUUCUUUGUUGCCCAAGCAAGUGAGUUGAAACCAGUUAUGAAUAAAAGAGGUAACGAUAUCUCUAUUCUAUUCUUGAUCCAAUCCGUGGCGACUGACAUGUCAGAGUUUACUUGUUUUCUCAUCAGUCUUCCCUUUCGAAAGAAACAAAAAUCAAGAGUAGCGAGAUUCAUUUGGGAAAGAAAAGCAGCGACAAUCAUGAGGAUUGGAUUUGGCAUUACGUGUGCAGUAAUAUGCGGCAUCAUAGCAUGGCAAGUGGAGAUUCGCAGGUUGUCGUCAAAGUUGAAAACCACAGUGGCUUUGGUUCCGCAAUUUGUGUUACUAGGAAUGACAGAGGGACUUGUUGAUGGGGGAAUAGAAAGAUUAUUCGAUGACCAUGUAGCGAAAUCGUUGUCGAAUUUUGAGGAUUCGUUUAGUGAGUUGAUGGUUGGUGGUGGAAAACUUCUGAUUAUACCAAUUGUGUGGAUUUUCAGCGGGUGGAUCAAGGAAACAAUCGACACUAGCCAUUUGGACAGGUAUUAUCUGAUGUUGGCGAUAAUGAACGCUGUGCUGCUUCUAGCUUUUGCGUACUACUCCGUUACCUAUGCAUACAAGGAAGUGUGUCCCGAAGAUGAGAAGGUGACCACAGAGGAAAGAGUGGAUCACUCACAUCAACCAGACUCAGAAGACACCUAUCAGGAAAAUACUCGCCCAUUGAAAAUGGGAAAGAGUGGAUCAUUCCCAUAA